CAAACCGACGACUGACGACCGAAUGACGACCCUCGCAAGACCAGUCCCUUCUUCCGCGUUCUCGACGUCUGCUUCCACCACACUCUUCCGGAGGCUGACCUGGGAAGGCACAGUGCCGCUCGAGAUACGUGUCGACUCAAAGGAGCUCCCAGCGAACAGCGACCGUGGACUGGAGUGCUACUACAUCCAGGCGCCGCGCGUGAGCUACCUGCCGCUGCUCGUGCCCGAGCUGAAGCGGUUCCUGAUGGACGUCGUCUUCGACGAGGCGGCCGCGCGGGUAGUCAAGGAGGAGGACUGGUGGUUCGAGAGCGAGGACGGGAACCUGCUCAAGUGGCACUGGCCGAUAGGUCUCAUCUACGACAACCACAUGAUCACGCAGUCCGUGCGCGCCGCGCCGUCGUCGUCGCAGCAGUCCAUGCCGCUCCGCCUCGUCCUGCACCUCGCGUCGCCACCGACGGACAGGCUGCUGCUCUCGCCGAGCGCGGAGGCGUGCAAGCAGGCGUUCAUGGGCCAGAUGAAGGAGGCGGACUUCAUACGGUGGGGGAGCACGAAGCGCAUGACGGGCCUGCGCAAGGCUGAGCAGGACGGGCUCUGGGAGGGCAUCCGCGAACACAACUUUGACGAAUACUGGCGUGUCGCGUCCAAGGUUACGCCGACGGCGGCACCGACCCGCCCGCAGUCGCCUCCGCCGGGCAACUCGAUGUCGCUGCACUCGCGACCGCCGUCCGUCGACCCGAACACGGGCUCCGCGCCCGACCGCGACGGGGCCUACAACGUGCGGAGCGUGCCCGUGCGCAUCUACCUGCCCGAGGGUCCGAUCCUCCAGGCUCUCGUGCCGCCGAUGCUCGAGGAUGGCAACCCGCACACGCUCGGGCAAUUUCUGAGCACGCAUCUCCCUUUGCUCUUCCCUCCGACGCCGAGCGAUCCGCCGUUCCAGGACACGGCGUAUCCGCUCAUCCAGGGCGUCGCCGCCCCGCACGAGACGGAGAUGGCCUGGCUCGGCGCCUGUAUGGCAGGUGCCGACGGGUGGGUCAACAUCUGCGUGGGCUUGCUGCGCGACAGAUAGCUGUACCGCUUCGCGCGCCUGUCGCAACCUCGCUCUGCGUUGUCUGUAUGUGUGCUCGCUCUUCCAGAAAAUGACUAAUGCACGACGAUUUCACUGCCUUUGUUCGACUAGCUGAGGGGCGUCGGGGGUUACCGGUGGAAGUUCUGUCACUGCUUUUCCUUCACUCGCCUGGGACGCGCCGGUCGGCACCGGCCCUGCUUGCGUCGUGCAGUAUUGCUGCUAACACGUUGGCGCAGCUGUCUAUCUUCCCAACGCUCUCGUCAUCCCCUUCGUCAUCCCGCGAUCUCUGUAGAUGGCCGACCGUUCCUGAUGC